AUGGUCGUUCAGCUCCGCACCGCGCCCCAGCAGCCCGGCAGGAUGUCCGAAGGGAGCCAGCCCAAAGUGGAAGCCAAUAUCCUGGUGCUGGGAGCGGAGAAAGUGGGGAAAUCCGCUCUGACAGUCCGAUUCCUCACCCGGAGGUUUAUUGGUGAAUACGGGGAUAUUGAAUCCGUUUACACGCACAACGUGAUGGUCGGAGGCAGAGACGUUUGCUUCAGCAUCUGGGACUCCACCUGCCCCCAGGCCGCCGAGCUCCAGGGCUGGGUGAGCGAGAAGCAGCUGCGCUGGGCGGAUGGCUUCGUCGUGGUCUACAGCAUCUGCGACCGCUCCAGUUUCCAUCUGGCCCGCCAGCAACUCCAGCGCAUCCGGCAGCUGAAGAGACGUGGCGGUUCCGAGAAAGCGCCCGUCAUCCUGGUAGGCAACAAGCGGGACCUGCAGCACCGGCGGGCCGUCUCCAGCGAGGAAGGGCGGCUCCUGGCCCUCUCCACGAACUCGGGCUUCUUCGAGAUCUCGGCCGCCGAGACGUACCACGGCGCCCUGGUGGUCUUCCACGAGCUCCUCGACCUGGUGCGGGACUCCAGGAGCUCCGGCAAGAAGGCCGUGGGCAUCCGUGGCAUCGUCCGCACCAUGUCAGCUGUCUUUGGGAGGAGGAGGACAGAGUAA